CUUCUAGUUCCCUGACGCAUUUGUAUCAUAACUCUGGCGAGCAGAGCACAGGUUGCACAUUUCUUUGGACUCUCGGGUUGUUUUUCCGCCCUCCCUGUCUAUCAUGGCUGAGGAAAAUUUGUCCGUGGUGUUGUAUGCUAAGGGAGACCUCAGGAUUGAAAACCGUCCAAUUCCCGAGCCAGGACCUAAUGAGGUGCUGCUCCAGAUGCACUCAGUGGGAAUCUGUGGAUCAGACGUGCACUACUGGCAGCAUGGCCAAAUUGGGGACUUUGUGCUGAAAAAACCAAUGGUGCUGGGCCACGAAGCUGCAGGGCGAGUGGUGAAGGUCGGAUCAGCAGUCACACACCUUAAACCAGGUGAUAGGGUGGCCAUUGAGCCUGGUGUGCCCCGCGAUAUGGAUGAGUUCUUCAAAAGAGGACAGUACAACUUGUCCCCAACCAUCUUCUUCUGUGCCACGCCGCCCGACGAUGGAAACCUGUGCAGAUAUUACACACACAACGCCAACUUCUGCUACAAGUUGCCUGAUAAUGUCACAUUUGAGGAGGGGGCGCUCAUCGAACCUCUCUCUGUGGGGAUUCAUGCCUGUCGCCGGGCCGGCGUCACCCUCGGCAGCACCGUACUCAUCUGUGGUGCAGGACCCAUUGGAUUGGUUAGCUUGAUUGUAGCCAAGGCAAUGGGGGCCUCAAAAGUCAUCAUCACUGAUCUGUUUGCAGAGCGCCUGGGCGUGGCCAAGGAGCUAGGUGCAGACUUCCAGCUGACAGUGAAAAAGGAAGAUGGAGCGCAGCAGCUGGCAAAGAAAGUCAAGGAAAUCCUGGGAGCCCAACCUCAAAUCACAAUUGAAUGCACUGGAGUGGAGAGCUGCAUCCAAACUGCCCUUUAUGCAACAUGUUCAGGUGGCGUUGUGUUGCUGGUGGGCCUUGGUGCUGAGAUGACUACCGUUCCCCUGGUCAACGCUGCUGUGAGAGAAGUGGACAUCAGAGGAGUCUUCCGCUACUGCAACACUUAUCCGAUGGCUAUCGCCAUGUUGUCAUCAGGCAAAGUGAAUGUGAAGCCCCUUGUGACCCACCGCUUUCCACUGGAGCAGGCAAGGCAGGCCUUCGAGACCACAAGUCAGGGUCUUGGGAUAAAGGUCAUGUUAAAGUGUGACAAAAAUGACCAGAACCCUUGAACCGGCCCCCCCCCUUUCGGCGAAGCAUUCUGCUGAGAUCGACUGAGCAUUACAGGCACAAAGAGGACUCUGGCCUCAGAAAGAUAACUUAACAACUUCAAAGAAAGACGCAUUUAAUCGCAGCUCUGUGAACGACAACUGGAAGCUGUUUAUCAGAUGUUUAUCUUUAGAUGGUACUGGUUAAUUAUAGUUGUUCAGACCUCUGAACAACUAUGUAUGUAAUUUACAAAAUGUAAUAUGCUAUUGUAGAAUAAUAACCUUUUUUUUUUUUUUAAUAAAUGUGAGAUAAAAACGUUUUGUCUCUU